AUCGAGACAUGAAAAAAAGUAAACAAAACAAAAUUUCAUUUGAAUUUCAAAUAAUUCAUUAAAUUUUGAUUAAUUUUUAAUAAAUUCAAUAAAUUUGAAGAAAAUGAUUCGAAUCAAACAAAAGAAGGCAAAAAAACAAAAAGCAUCAAAAGCCCAAAUCUCCAACGACAAAUCCAUCCAAAAGGAGUCCAAGGCCUUGAAGAAAUCCAAAGCAAAGCUCGAAGCACAACAAGAUGUCAAACCGAAAAAGCUCAAAAACCUCCUUUUACGCAAAAAUGACUUUGACGAAGCAGACCAAGAAGAAGAUUCCCCGUUUCCCAUCACGAUCGACUUGCAAAAACACAUCAAACUCGCUCCGAAAAGCGAUUCUCGGCUGCAGCUCAGCAAAGAUUCCGUCGAUAUGAUCAAACAAAGUGACGCUGGCAUGUUCGACAGCAUCUCGGGAAUGUUAAAUCGUGGCGACGAGGAACUCGGCAUCGACGAACUGCUCGCCAAGAAGCAAAAGGCAAAGACAAAAGCAUUUUCGGGACUUCCUGGCUGGGGAAAUUGGGCAAAUACGCGUACAAUCUCGCAACCUGUCGACGAAAGACCGAAAAUUCGUGCGGAAGAGCGAAAACGGAAACGAGUUCAUAUCGCGGAAGAACCGAAAAACAAUUACCAAGUACAGGAAGUGCCAUUCCCCUUUACGAGUGUAGCGGAUUACGAGUCCUCGAUCCGCACAAAUUUCUCACAAGAGUUUAAUUCGCGACGAGUUCAUCAAAUUUUGUCCAAAUCCAAGAAGAAAGUCGACAUGGAGCUGGAGGAAUGUUAA